UAGAACGUCGGUUAACUCUUAAAUAAGGACUUUUACACCAUUAGAAAAAAACAACGGACUGUUGUCGAACCAAACAAAACCAUGUUGCCAUCUUUAAUAUUGUUGAUUUGUUUGUUAACUGGAACACAGCAAAGCCAUGUAGAUUUGAUUUGUCCAGCAGCUCCUGCUCCGUUUGACCCAGUUAUGUGUUCAAAAAUAACCAUAGUUUCAAAUUGCCUGACAGACGCUGAUUGUACUGGUGAACACCAGAAAUGCUGCCUUAGAGAGUGCAAUGUCCUCCAAUGUAUAACCUUUUCAUUUGAACCGGGAGUUGGAGAACCAGGUCCAGGGGAUCCAGCCCCAGCUCCAGUACCACCACCACCACGGGAUGGAAGUCAAACGACACCAGCUUGCCCCCUUUUAGACUGUCGAAAUAGUGGGUGCCAGUUCGGCUUCGAAACAGACAGAAAUGGUUGUGAUACAUGCAUUUGUAAAAAUAGUCCCUGUCCUCAGUAUGGACCCCCUCCACCAGGUUAUUGUUCCAGACCAGGUGAAAUAUUCAUAAAAGAUGGAGUUAAAUGUAACAGACCCCCUAUACUAUUUCCUUGUAAUGGAGGAAAUCCUCACAAGCCUGGAAAGUGUCCACCAGUCAACCUAGCUGCUUUAACUUGUCUAGCAGGGGAACUUCCGAGGAAAUGCAAUACUGAUCUCAGUUGUCCAGGAAUACAGAAAUGCUGCAGAAGAUUAUGUGAAUUUGUUUGUUUAAAUCCUACUCCAGUUAGUAAACCUGGCAAGUGUCCAUUUGUUAAUUUGGCUCUUGUAGAUUGUUUCGCCGGUCCCUUGCAUAGGGAAUGUAAUGAUGAUGGAAGUUGCCCAGGUACACAGAAAUGCUGCAGAAGAGGAUGUGCAUUCGUUUGUAGAGAUCCAGGAAAUCCUUGUCCACCAGAACCAGUGUGUCCCACCUCACCUAUUAGCCGAGGUCAAUGUGAACCAAGCUGUAAAUUUGAUUAUGAGACUUUAGACGGAGUCAGAUGUAAGAUUAGAUGCACGCGGGGUCCACGGGGGCCUCCACUUGUGCCAGGACAGCCUUGUCCCCCAACAGGGUGUCCUUUGAUUGGUCCUCCAACCGGUCCUAUAAGUAGACCGCCUGCACCUGCACCUGCACCUGUACCACCUUCAACAGAGUGUCCACCUGUCUGUGCCAUAUUUUGUCCAUAUGGUAAUGUGCUGGAUAAGAAUAAUUGUCCAAUAUGUGAAUGUAAAACAGAGUGUCCACCUGUUUGUGCCAUAUUUUGUCCUUUUGGUAAUGUGCUGGAUAAGAAUAACUGUCCAAUGUGUGAAUGUAAAACAGGUAACCCCCACAAGCCUGGUAAAUGUCCUGCAGUUGACCUAGCUUCUAUUACCUGUCCUGUAGGUGAAAUCCCUAGAAAGUGCAAAAAUGACUUAAGUUGUCCUGGGUUACAGAAGUGUUGUCGACAAAUUUGUGAAUUCGUUUGUGUGGAUCCAAAUCUAGUUACCAAACCUGGUGAAUGUCCUUUGGUAAAUUUAACUGCUAUUACAUGUCCCGACGGGCCAUUACCUAGACACUGCAUUGAUGAUGGUAGUUGUCCGAUGGAUCAAAAGUGUUGCAGACGAAGAUGUGCAACCGUUUGUACAUAUCCAGUUACUCGUGACAAACCCGGUGAAUGUCCAUAUGUGAACCUUGCUGCUAUAUCAUGUCCAGCGAACUCAUUUCCUACUAAAUGUUUAAACGAUGGAAGUUGUCCUGGAAACCAGAAAUGCUGCAACCAAGGGUGUUCAAUCGAUUGUACAGAUCCAGGGAAUCCUUGUCCGCCAGAACCGGUAUGUCCAUCUUCAUCUGUAGGUCCAAGAGAUUGUGAACCGAGAUGUAUCUUCGAGUAUGUGACUAGUACAAAUGGCGUCAGAUGUAAGGUUGGGUGUACUCGGGGUCCACUGGGUCCUAGACCUGGGCCAGAUCACCCUUGUCCACCAACAGAGUGUCCUUUGAAUGGUCCUUCAACGGACCCAGGGGAACCAGGACCGCCAUCCCCUGCCCCAGGACCACAAACCAAACCCUGCGCAAAAUGUUGUGGACCUCCACCUUGCUGUAGCUUCUGUAUAGAUUGCGAAAUUGGAAAUCCUUUGCCGAAUCAUUACUGUGGGUCGACUGAUAAGGUGUGUCCUAAAAGUUACUACUGCAAGACUAAUCCAGAAAUCGGCAGAUUGGGAGUUUGCUGUAAAGGUACCAGACCUAAUAAAUGUCCAGCUGAUAAAUUUAAGAAUACGAAAUGUAAUGAAAAAUCUAAAAUAAGAUUAUGUAAAACCGAUGAUAACUGUUCGCCAAACAAAAAAUGUUGUAAACAGGGUUGUUUCUACUAUUGUAUAGAUCCUGAAUGGUACGAGUGGUACAAGUGGUAAUCAUCCUGGAAAAACUUUAUAUUGAAUUAAAUGUCUAAUUGUAACAUUG